AUGGGCAAGGGAGCUGAAGAACUCGAGAUAGUGAGCGGGGCCAUGAAGACGUUCGAAGACCUGGACAAGCAGAGGAAGGAGCAGCACCGCAUCGCAAUGAUCGAGUUCCGCCUCAACAAGAAGCACAAGCGCAAGGAGAUGCAGACGCUGCAGGAGCAGAUCAAGCGCCACGAGAAGUUCCGAGGAAUUGUACGUGAUGCAUCCAUAGAAUUGGAAGAGUCGGCGCUACCAAGCUACGGCAGGUCCGGGUGGAGGGUGAACUUUGAUGGAGGAGAGACUUCGUUCCACUUCCACCCGCUGACACGCGAUGACUUUGACGCUACAAUGACGCGCUUUGACGCAGAGCUGGCGAACGGCAUGUCGUCUCUGACAAAGGCCGACUCAGUCUUUGGGUGGGAGAUUCUCAAAGCUCCGCUGACGGCCUCGUCGCUGGAUAGCAAAAGGUUGCUCGUGCGCGCUCGAGUUACCAAGCGUCUACGGUGCUCGUUGGACCUUUUCCAACAAGCGCUAGGUAUGCAGCACAAAUAUCUCACUCCGACCAUCGCCUCACCGCUUGGUUGCGGUCUUCACCAGCGGCCCAAAGUGCGAACCGAAGUGCUCCAGGAGUUGGACGAGGAGUCGACUGUGUUCGCGCACAGCAUCACCGGGGCCCAUAAGGACCUUUAUUAUCUGUUUCAAGUCCGGAGAGCUCAGUGGGAAACGCAAGACGGACGACGCAAGCUGACGCUCAGUUUGGCCGUCACUGACUCGGAUGCCAACAGACGUAGCCGUUAUGCUGAAGCCUUGGAGUUGAGCGUCGAAUGGGCGACAGAAGGCGGCGUUCACGUGCCAGUCACUGAGAUUGAAGAGAAUUUGAUCGAGGUGAGUUGCGACCAUUGGGCCAGUAGUGAGAGCAAGCAACACGUGGAGCAUUUGAUGAUCCAGUGGGCACAGCUCGCAAUUUGGUGGGAGCAACUAGCUGUGCUAUCGAACCUGCUCCUGAGUAAGGUCUAA